AUGGCGCUGCUGGCGUCCCCGCCGUCAGGGGCGGCAUGGAAGAUCGACGACGCGUUCGGGCGUGACGUCAUCGGGUUGGUCGCGGCCGUCGUGAGGAGGGGCGGGGCGCCAGGGAGGGCGGCGACGGCUUUCGUCCAUGGUUACCGGGUUGGGGGUGGGUGGUGUGGAUCAGCAAAACUUGGUGCAGCAGCCAUUUCAUAUAAAGUUCAGAUGGCUACGAAAAGGAAGAGCCCCGCGGACCAUGGUGGUAAUUCAUUUUCUGUUCGAUUAGGGCAGCAUAACAACUUUUUUAGGUUUGAAGAUUUUGAAGAUGAUAAGAGUGUUGUUUUGAUGGAAGCUCAUUUAGAAAUGAUGCAAAAGUUCAUUAACUUUUGUAAGGAGAAGGAGUCCUUCAAAAGAAAUGCAUUCCAGGAGAAGCUUACAACAUAUUUCGGAGAGCAUUUGCCUUCUGAUGUUGUUGAUGAGUUAUGCAACCUUGUUCAAGAUAAUUCAUAUGGGAAGUGCCAUUACUCUAGUCUGCCAGCACAAAGCUUAGUGCUCAGUGUUCUACAGAUCCUUCAUGAUGCAUCUCAAAACCUGGGGAAGAAAGCCCACGACAUAGUUCAUGAGAAGCCCCCAAGCACAAAUGGCGAAAAUGGAAAGUAUGCUGCAUCAGAUAAAGGUCUCCAUCAUUCUGCAGAUAAUAUAUACAAUGGAAUUGAAGCUACUAAAAGCUUUCGGAACCAAGUCAAGGCAAAUCAUGUUCCUAUUCUCGACACACCAGUAUUCUUGUUUGGGAGGGAGUUUAGUAGGAAUACAUCUGUAUCAUCGCAGCAUGCUCCAGCAAUGCCGAUGACUCCCAAAUCGAAGCCUAAUCGUUUCAUUAGCAAACUUCAUCUACCUGCAGUUCCAUCGUUACAAGCUUCAAUUCCAAACCCUAUCAAAGAUGUUUCACCUAAGGUCUAUAUUUUUAAGGAAACAAAAUCCAAAGGUCGUUCCUUGGACAUGGGAGAAUUAGCUGACCAACUGUACAACAAAAAGAAUUUGAACAUCCGGAUGACCAAUAACAUGACUCAUGUAGUUGAAGAUCAUAGUCUCAAGCAUCAAAAAUCUUCUCAUCGUUUUAAUGUGUCUGAAACUGAGAUGCGCUACUAUAAAGUCUUUUGUGGUCUUGCUCACAGCCAAUGGAGCUGGUACAUAAUUUUUUCAUUUUUAUUUUUGUAUAUUAUUUUUUUGUCUAUUUGUCAUGUAGGUUUUUAUGUGUAUCUUUUGUUUUAUGUAGCUUUGAGGGUGUUAAAGCUAUUCAAGACUAGUGUUACAUACCAGUCUUUGGGUGAAUCAAUAGAGCCUUUGGGCCAUGUUGAUAAUUUUUUCAUUGCUGGAUAUUGUCGUAAGCUCUUUGAUGAUAGUCACCCAAGAGAAUCAAGGAAGCACUUUUUCUACCCUAGGAUUGGUUUGUGUUUGUUGUCAUAUAUAUCUACCUAUGAAGCCAAUACUGUAAAGAAUUCUUUUGGUGCUAAUUCAGCGUUAAAGCUUCAUUUAGCUGAUAAACUUUGUUUCCCUAUCUUCCACGCACACAUAAAGCAUUGGUCUGUUUUCAUUGUGGAUUUGAGGCUGAAACUAUUUGUUUUUCUGGACUCUAUGUUUGGUGAGAAUGAUAGCAUUCAAAUUGAGACAAGGGAUAGUAUUAUUCCGGCUUUCAAAGAGUGUUGGUAUGAACAUGCUGAAGUAAAGUUAGACCUGGAUGUCUUUUCAGUUGUGUACCCUCCUGUCCCUAAACAGAACAACAUACAUGAUUGUGGCAUAUUUGCUAUUAAGUUCAUGGAGUUAUGGGAUAACAGUAUCGACCUUAGGCAUGUUUUUGAUCAGUCUGACAUCCCUAGUCUAAGAGUCAAGGGCAUUGAUCCUCGGGGUAUGUGA